CCUCUCUCUCGCAGCCACCCCCGAAACAGAGUCACUCAGUCUCACACCCCACCCCCAACCCCCUCUCUCUCUCUCUCUCUCUCUCUCUCCCUCGGCUCUCUUCUCCUUGCCGUGGCCUCGCCGUCGCGAAGGGUUGCUCGUGUCGUCGUUCCUUCGACGUCUCUCUAUCGCCGUCACGAAGGUCUGCUCUCUGUCCGACCUCUCUCUCGCUCUUUGUCAUAGGCUCCGAGCUCACUUCUCUUCCUCCAUCGCCGUCACUUCCCAUUCCUCCGAGCUCACGAAGAGCUUGCUAGGGUUUAAGCAACAGAAAAAGGGGAACACUGUCUCAGACAACAGAUACAGAGAAUCAAAUCGAGAAGAAGAAGAAAAACCCUUUCACCAUGGGAAGCAGGUUGGCUAGAAGGGUGGUGCAGUUUGCAAACCUUCCAAUAAAGCUGCUACUGCCAACGAGCUUCACCAACAUCCAAGAAAUCGCACUCAAGACAAUCCCAUCCGCCACCAAGAUCGAGAUCAAGCGCGUACUCGAGUCCCUCUACGGCUUCGAAGUCGAGAGGGUUCAAACCCUAAACAUGGAAGGGAAGAAGAAGAAGCGUGGUGGCCUCCUCUUCGCAAAACCCGAUUACAAGAAGGCUUACGUCACUCUCAAGACCCCUCUUUCAAUUGACAUGAAUCUUUUCCCGCUCAAAAUGGUUGAAGAUGCCAGGAAGCGGAUGAACAAGAAGAACGUGUCGAGCGUCGUUGAGGACGAAGAAGAGGAAGAGAGGAAGAGACAUUGGCUUGAAGGUGACCGGGCCGGAUCGUCUGAGGCGGCACCCCGUGGGUAUCGUGGUCACACGCUCUUUUGGGACCGCGGGAUGGCCCGUAGGGUUCGUGGUUCAAGCCGUAGGCACCGUGAUGAGGAUCGUGAUGGUGCUGCUAAGUUCCCUUGGAGCAACAUGAGGGAUGGUAGAGCUGCCAGGUAACUGGAGCAAAUUCUGAAAAAGAGAAGAAUCAAGAUAGAGGAAGAGGUGGCAAUGGCAAACUCAAAGAGGAAGAGGGAGAGGCGGCCGUGGAUAUCAUGAAGAGGGAGGAGAGCCGACAGCGGCAAAUCUGGACAAAGAAGGAGACAUAGCGGCGGCGGCAGAUUUGGACGAAGGAGGAGAUACAGCAGCAGCGUUCGGAUCUAGACGAAGUGGGAGACGCAGUGGCGGCAGCAUGCGGAUCUGGACGAAGGGAGAGAUGCAGCGGCGGUAGAUCUGGACGAGGAGAUGCAGUACUGACGACGAAUCUGGACCACGGGAUGCAAUGGCAGAAGGAGGGAGGAGGGAGGAAGGAGAACAAUCACGGUGGAUGGAGAAGGGGAGAGAGAAAAAAGAAUUAAGGUUAAGAAAUUAAUAAGGGGUAAAAGAGUAAAUAAGUGUGUCUAAUUGUUUGUGUCUCUGUGUCUCAAUAUUUUGGGAGUAUACUGAAUACAUGUAUUUUGUGUAUGCUUGUGUACUAACGUGUCCAUUAAAGAUUUGUGUCUCAACAAACAAACAUAGGACAUGUUCUAACGUGUCUAUGUCUUUGUGUCUGUGUCUUUGAAACCAAACACUGCCUUAGGGCCUUUCUCUUUAGAAAUAAUGUUCCAAUGUAUAUUUUGCCCCUCCUGAAUGCGACUUCGAAAUAAAGGAUUGGCGCAUCAAGAUAUAUUUGUUAAGGUAGUCUGAUGUCCACUUGCCAUUUGUUGUGGAACCGCUUAGAUUGUUACUGGUUUUAUGAAUCAUUCAUAUAGAGAAGGUUCUUUCCUAAUUUUUGUUCAGUUCUUGAGCUAGGUUCUUAUCCCAACGAUAGGGGCAAUUUGAGGAUGGAGAUUUCUAUGAAUGUAGACUCAUCUGAAAGACAGUGCACUGAUAGAAUAAACUUAAUGGCUACCCAAACUAACUUAGAAAUCCUCACCUCUUAAACAUUCCCUAUUGUAGAGUGUAUGAAUGAAAAAAUAAGCUACCACAGAAAUUUAUUACUAAAGCUAUGCACAGAAGAUAAGAAUUCUACAUGGCAGUAAUUAAGGAACCUAAUUGGUAUUGAAUUUUGAAUGACUGAAUUGAUCUGAAGUUGAAAUGGCAUAACUUGUUAUAUUACACCCCUGUAAGAAAAUUUCCAUCUGAAAUGUUCAUGUUGCACCUCUUCAAACUUGGGUUGAGGAAGAGAUGGUCCUUUGUGUUGAUUCUGCUGGUUCAUGUGGAAAUCUUGAUGGGGUUAACAAUUGUGAUUUGAACUAUGUUUGGAUAUGGAAAAGUGAUUAACAAAUGUGAACUAUGUUAUGCUAGGAUAUGUGAUAAGCUUGGUUAUCUUGAUGAUUGAGCUUUCCUUGGUUAGAAAUAAGAUGAAUGGCUCAUGUGGGUCGAGAAAGAGUGAUGCAAGAUAUAUAGCCUAGGGAUACUUUUGAGUUGAGUUAUGGAAGAGGGUGUACAAUGGGAUUUGGAAAUGAGAACAAAGUGGUAGCUUGUAAUGUAAUU